UCAAGGCGGCGGGUUGCUCGCCUCUUAUUCUCCCGUCAAGUUGUCGCAAAUGCAUUACGGAGCACACUGAAACUCGAGGAGGUGAAAUCGCUCAAGGAUACAACAAAGUUUGCUGUCCCAACCGAAGUACAGGAAUUUUACACCAGAGACUGGACCAAAGCCCACCUUUCUCAGGGCAGACGCAGCUGAACUUUUUUUUUUCUUUCUUUCUUUUUUUUUUUUUUUUUUUUACUGCAACCACAAAAAAAUGAAUCGGAGCUUUAGUAAGUCGCAACCUUUGCGAUAUGCGGAUUGUAACGCGGUGGAAGUGAAAAGCAAGUAUGGGGCAGAGUUCCGCCGGUUCUCGGUGAACCGGGAGAAGCCCGGCAAGUUCGAGGAGUUCUACAAGCUCAUCAUGCACAUUCACCGCAUCGCCAACAUGGAGGUGAUGAUCGGCUACGCUGACGUGCACGGCGACCUGCUGCCCAUCAACAACGACGACAACUUCUGCAAGGCGGUCUCCACAGCACACCCGCUGCUCAGGAUCUUCAUACAGAGACAAGAAGAGGUCGACUAUGCUAACUUUGGCACCAACACGCUAACACGCAAGAAGAAGGCAGUGGUGGCGCUGCGGAACAACGACGUGAACCGCAAGCGGCCACACAUCCGCAUCGGCAUGCCACAGGACUUCCGGCCCGUCUCCUCCAUCAUCGACGUGGACAUCCUGCCAGAAUCCCACCGCCGUGUCCGACUCUACCGCCACGGCUCAGACAAACCGUUGGGCUUUUACAUCCGAGAUGGCACCAGCGUACGGGUGACGCCACACGGGCUGGAGAAGGUUCCAGGGAUCUUCAUAUCUCGGAUGGUACCUGGAGGGCUGGCAGAGAGCACUGGGCUGCUGGCGGUUAAUGACGAGGUGCUGGAGGUGAACGGCAUCGAAGUGACGGGGAAGUCCUUAGACCAAGUGACGGACAUGAUGAUUGCCAACAGCCACAACCUGAUCGUGACGGUCAAGCCGGUCAACCAGCGCAACAACGUGGUCCGCAGUAGCAGGAUCUCCGGUAGCUCUGGCCAGUCGUCGGACAGCAGCGGGUCGACGGGGUACCCAAGUCUGUCGGUGGCCACAGCGGGGCUGAUCACCUCUGGGGCACACGGGUACCCAGAUGACCUGGAGAGUGACGAGGAGGCGGAUAUCGUCAUCGAGAGCAGCCUCAAGCGGCCAUCACGGAGGUCCAACACUUCCAUGGCGUCCAACAUGUCACGCUCCCAUCAGCAGAUUCCAUCAACGGCAUCGGGCACGGUGGAGCCUCCCAGCCCGCCGACGAGGCCCGCUUCAGUGGUCUCCACGGCCUCCUUCCACUCGCAGCCAAGCCUCAACGGGGGGUCCCACCACCACAGCAGCCUCAGCUACCAGCUGCACAGAGACCUGAACCUUCAGCAUAACCCACACCCGCAGUCGCAACACAGUCAUCAUCACGUCCCGUCACAGCAUCACAGCAGCAACCCUGCCCUCCGCCACAGCAACGGCAGCCUGCACAAAAUCCUCAGCUCUCUAAAAACAGACCCACGACACAGCCUAGCUCUGCCCAGGGGCGGGGUGGAGGAGGAUGGCACUGUCAUUACCCUAUAAUACAUACAAACACACACACACACACACACACACGCUGACACAUACAUACAGAUAGAAACAUCCCGGCUGCUUAAAGACUUUAACUGGAACAGGCCAGGCUGGGUAAACAUGAGCAUGAGCAUAUUUCCUUGAAUACUAAUUCUGUAACUUUUUUGUUUGUUUGUCUGUUUUUUUACAUAAUAAUUGAUCACAGGAAAUUGCAAGCCAAGAAACAAUGAGAGUUUAUUGUUUGUGUUUUUUUUUUUUCGUAUUUCUAAAAGUUUUUUCUCUGUCUUACAUCAAAAGAUCUGUAUGUAUGUAAUAAGCAUCAGGACAAGUAAGUGUUUUUAGGUGAGUCCACUGUAUUGUAGAGUUCUGAAUGUGCCUACAGCUUGCUAUCUCCUGUUAGUGACCACUUUUAUUAAGAAUCUUUCAUUCUUCUUACUGGGACCAACUUGGAGGUUUUGCUUAUGAACUUUUUUAAAGAGUAAAUUUAUAUUUCUUAUAUUUCUGAUAAAUGCUGUGUAGACUUUGAUUUUUUUUAAAUAGGUCUUUUAUGCAUUGAUGAUUUUGAUCAAACUCUUGUAUCUGUUUCAAUAAAUUAUUUUAAGUCUCA